AUGUAUGGUGUUCUUGUUAUUGGAGCUCCAGGUGCUGGAAAAUCAACGUUCUGUGCAGGGCUUGCUGAUAUUUUCGAGCAAAUCGAUCGUCCACAUAUCACGAUUAACUUAGAUCCAGCCAACGAUUUCGUGCAGUACAGUGCAACAUAUGAUAUAAAGGAAUUAAUAACAGUGGAAGACGUAAUGGAUAGAUUAGGUUUGGGACCAAACGGAGCCCUGAAGUACUGUAUGAGCACAUUGUGCCAAAAUCGGCAAUGGCUAUUGCAGAAAAUACUCGAAAAUAAGGACAAAUACAUCAUCAUUGAUUGUCCUGGACAACUGGAACUUUACAAAAGUGAAGGCGAAUUGUGGAAGCUGAUUCGUGAACUCGAACGUGCGGGUGUUCGUCUAUGUGCCCUUCAUCUGGUCGAUUCCUUGUACUGUGCUGACGCAGCGAAGUUCAUAUCAGUUGUAAUGUCAACGUUAGGUGGGCGCUCAUGA